AUGUCUAUUAUUAAUUUGGAACUUCAGGGAGUUGCAAUUAUGAGAGAUAUAAUGAGUACAGAAUUGGAAGAUAUAUUUAAAAAAGUUGACACAUUAGAAGAGAUUCGUGCAGCUGCAGCUAAAAAUGAAGAUCUAAAAAAUGGAUUACAUGAUUGUAUACUUAAUAUUCAACAGUUGUUACAUUCGCGAACUGAAAGAUUGGUAUUAUAUGAAAAUCCUUUUUGUUGUUAUGAUUCUGCAAGUAAUCAUGAUAUUGAUAAUUUUUUUAAGAUUAAAAAAUGUAAUGAUGUUAAUUGUAAUGUUUGUAAACAAGUUCGGCUUCCUCUGCAUAUUUUUGAAAAUAUAGAUUUUUUAUCAGAUCCUAUUCCAUUAAAAUGCAAGAAUUGUCAAAUUUUCACCGGUGGUAAUUUUCACCAGUCAUGUAAUCAUGUGAUUACUUAUAUUACACAACAUAACUUAUAUUUAUCAUAUUUAUGA